AGAUAACCUGACAUAUUUUUUGAAUAAACAGUUAUCUUUCUUUGUGGCAACUGUCGACCUUACUCGAGGUGUUCAAUAUUAGAAGAAAACAUGGGAAAGAAAAGACAGCAACAGAAGAACACAGAAACUGAAAAAUCUGCUCCACACAAAGUUGACAAAAGUAAAAAGACCUACUCUUUACCAACAGCUAAAGUAGAUGAUCAUGACCAAGAUUUAAAGAUAAGAAUACCACAAGAUUUGGAAAAGGAGAUUGUUGAUGUGAUUCAGGAUGAUUAUAAAGAGCUGAAAAUUACAAAAGACCUGUCCAACAGACUUACAACCAAAAAGCUCACUGACAUGUACACUAGUUUAGCUGGAGCAGGAUUUAGUCAUUCACAGAUAGAACAGACUAUGACCAAUACAGUAUUACAUGGAGGAGAUCUUAUUGAUGCAUUAGAUUGGCUUUGUUUGAAUUUAGCUAAUAAUCAGCUGCCUCAAGGAUUUUCUGACACACUAGAAAAGGAAGAAGUCAAGAAUACGUACAGACCAAAAUUUGAUGACCAGCUUACUGAACAGAAAACAUUGCUGCCAUUAUCAACUGCGAAAAAGAUAACAGCUGAAAAAACAAAUACAGAUGAAAAACCACAUGGAAAAUCCUCCAAAUCAUCUACAAUGAAGGACUGGAUUCUACAGUAUACGGAGAACAGCUCUGAUGAGAGUCAAUCUGAUGAAGAAUCUGACCCAAACGAAAAAUAUCUUGAGCUAACAGCGAAGCUAUUGGACGCCAGAGAAGAAGCAGUUCAAGCUAAACUAGAGGGAGCCAAAUCUAGACAGAAAGAAAUAUCAAAUAAUAUUAGAAAACUUGUUCAAGAAAUGAAUGCCAUAGAGGAAGAUAGCAGGUUUAACCCAGCAGUAAAGAUAAAAGACCUAGAAAAGGAAAAGAUUAAUGAAUCAGGUGAUCAAGGACAGGCAUCAACAGUUAUACAGUCACAUGACACACCAUGUGAUCAAGGACUAACAGCAUCACUUAGUCAGUCACAUGACAUACAAUCUUUACCAUGUCAGCAUGAUGAAUCACCAGAUGAACAAGAGGAGUCAGAAGACUUUGGUGAUGCAUUUACUAUGUUUGAAAAUCAAGCUGCAGAAGAAAAACCAAAAGAAUCCAAGAUUGAUUUGAGCAAACUAGAUAUCAGACAGUUUGAGUAUACUCGGCAACAAUGGACUGGUAAAUCUCCAAAGCAGUUUCUCAUAGAUUGGUGUCGAAAACAUAAAGUGGAUUCUCCAAAGUACCAUAAAAUUAACCCAGUCAGAAAUCUGUGGAAAUGCAGAGUGACGAUAGGGAGAAAGAAAGAAGAAACUAUUGAAGCUUGUCCUGAAAUUCUAUGUGAAAAUGUGAAAGAAGCAGAGCAUUUGGGAUGUACUCUGGCAUUAUAUCAUCUAUGCAAGGGACAGGCUAUACAUCAGUUAUUGCCUCCACCGUACAGAGAUGUGUGGUUAGAAUGGCAGGAUUCAGAGAAAGCCAAGGCUAAGGAAGCCCAGACAACAGAAAAUAAGCCAAGAGAUCAGCUUAUAACUAAAUUGAUGAAGAAAUUACAGUUAGGCAGUAAAAAUAGUGAAAACAAGACUACAGAGGGAACUAAAGAUGAUGAUGACACUGUUGACUCAUGGGAAAAUUUGGAAGAAGAGACGGAAACUGAAAAAGUACAAACAGCUUCCAUGCCAGGGUCAAGGAAGCAUAGGUCAACUAUGGACAGCACAGCCUUACUAGAUUUGUGUAAAAGACGUCAACAGACAGACAGAUAUAGAACUCUCCAUCAGACAAGACAGAAUUUACCUGUUUAUCAGUACCGUGAGUCAAUUGUUGAUCAGAUUAGACGCAGUGGUGUCACUGUUAUAGCGGGAGAAACAGGAAGUGGAAAAAGUACACAAAUUCCUCAGUUUCUGUUGGAGAGAUACAUAACUGAUGGAAAUGGAGCCCAAUGUAAUAUAGUGUGUACUGAACCCAGGAGAAUAUCAGCCAUUAGUUUAGCCCAAAGAGUGUCUGAGGAGAUGGCAGAAUCUGGACUUGGUCAGCGAGACUCUUUAGUAGGGUACCAGAUCAGAUUUGAAUCAAAAUGUGGUCCUAAUACCAAAUUGAAUUACUGUACAACUGGUGUCCUGCUGAGGAAACUACAGAGUGAUACAACCCUAAGCAAUGUCACACAUGUCAUUGUUGAUGAGGUGCACGAGAGAAGUGUUCAGUCAGAUUUCCUUCUAGUCAUAUUAAAAAGGUUAAUGCUAAAGAGACCAGAUUUGAAAGUUAUUUUGAUGAGUGCCACAUUGGAUAGUGAGAAAUUCUCAGGAUAUUUCCAACAUUGUCCAGUUAUAAAUAUACCAGGAAGGACAUUCCCUGUACAGGUGUAUUAUAUGGAAGAUGUAGUUAACAAGACAGGAUAUGCAGUGGAGGAAGAUUCACCUUACUCUCUCAGAUCUGAUCAACUGGUCAAGGAAGAGCAAGCCAGUUUGUACGUAACAGAAAAAGGAGGAGACCAGUCUAAAGUGGAUGUAUUCUGGACAAAAGAUAGUAUCUCAAAGUUAGAUCUGACAACCUUGUCUCCAGAAAAGUACAGUCUAAAGACCAGAAAUACUAUCACUAGAAUGAACCAAAAUAGAAUAAACUUUGAUCUCAUUGUUGAAACACUAUUGUACAUCAGUAAUUCUGAAGAAUUUAGUGCAGUAGAUGGAGCCGUAUUGAUAUUCCUUCCUGGUUUGGCUGAUAUUCAGGAAGUGUAUGAGCUUCUGCAAUCUGACAGGAAGUUCUCUGAUACAAAAAGGUACCAGAUAUUAGCCUUGCAUUCUGUAUUGUCUUCAUCAGACCAGAGUUCAGCCUUUAAAGUGCCUCCAUCGGGUGUUAGAAAGAUUGUCAUAGCAACCAAUAUAGCAGAAACAGGGAUCACGAUUCCUGAUGUUGUGUUUGUUAUUGAUGCUGGAAAGGUUAAGGAGACUAGAUACAUUGAGUCUAGUCAGAUGAGUUCCCUGAAGGAAGUGUUUAUCAGUAAAGCUAAUGCUAAACAAAGACAAGGUAGAGCUGGACGCGUAAGAGAAGGCUUCUGCUUCAGACUAUAUACCCAUCAGAAAUACAAAGAUUUAGCCGAUUACACUGUGCCAGAGAUACAGAGAGUACCUUUAGAAGAAUUGUGUUUACAUAUCAUGAAAUGUCAGCUUGGUGAGCCAGACAAUUUCUUAGCAGAAUGUUUAGACCCACCUAGACCCCAGGUGAUUGCCAGAGCCAUGAGUUUGCUGUACGAGAUAGGUGCUUGUAAGGGUGUGGCCACCCUGACUCCACUAGGCCACCAUUUGGCGGCAUUACCUGUACAUGUCAGAAUAGGGAAGAUGUUACUGUUUGGUGCCAUCUUUGGAUAUGUUGAACCAGUGGCUGUGAUUGCUGCUGCCAUGACAACAAAAAGUCCUUUUGUGGCACCUUUAGAUAAGCUAGACCUGGCCAACCUUGCAAAGAAUUCCAUGGCAACUUCCUGUUGUGACCACCUUACACUUUACAGAGCUUAUACAGGAUGGAAACAAGCCCAGAAAGUGGGUUAUCAGUCAGAGCAGCAGUAUUGUCAGAAAAACUUCCUGAAAAGGCACACAUUACUGGAAAUAGAGAAUGUAAAGAACGACCUUGUCAAGUUAGUAAGAUCUAUAGGCUUUAGUGACACAAUACAAACAAUCCAACAACCCAAACCAAAAUAUGGGGAAGUGCUUGAUAUCAGUAAAGCUGCUGUUGCUAUGGAAACAGAUUUAACCAAACCUAUGAUUGCAAUGGUAAAAGCUGUUAUCACAGCUGGCUUGUAUCCAAGUGUUGCCAAGGUUACGUAUGAUGCCCCUGUUGAUGCAGCUGCUAACCCUCGAAAGGUUCCCUGUUUAGGAGAGACAGCACAAGGACCAGCACAUGUGCAUCCUUCAUCAGUAAAUAGACAUCUGGCAGCCACUGGUUGGAUUGCAUACCAAGAAAAGGUAACAACAUCUAAAGUAUAUCUCAGAGAGACGACACUGGUUUCACCUUUCUCCCUCCUGUUGUUUGGUGGAGAUAUCCAUGUCCAACACACAGCUCAACUUGUUACAGUGGAUGAUAGGAUUAAAUUCAGAACAUAUGCUAAAACUGGUGUGAUCUUCAGAGAACUCAGAAAACUACUAGAUGAGCUGUUAGACAAAAAGUUAGAGAAUCCAACAUUAAAUUUGCUAGGUGAUAGAGUAAUUAAGUUGAUAUGCAGAUUGAUAGACUGUGAAAAAUGAAGACAAAAAAAAACAGUUCAUAAGAAGAAGAAAUCGGGAAUUGUAAUAGACUAGAUAUGAAGAAGAAAUUUGGAGGUUACUAGACUGUGAAAUAUGAGGGCCAAAAGCAGUUUAUGAGAAAAAUAAGAAAUUUGUAUGUUGAAUUAAGAAGCCAAUUCAGAAAAGAGAAUUUAUGAACAGUUGAAGUUCUGUUGCAGACCCCAAAGAAAAGUUGCAAGAAGAGUGUCAUCAGGAAGUAGAGCCAUCUAUAACUGGAGAUGUAUUACACCAAGGUUAAAAAUAGUUUUACAUAGCAUUGAAGAUGUAUAAAAACUAAAGAAAAAAUGUGAACAUCCAAGUGAUGUAAUAGAUGAUAUCUUUUUAUGUAUAUAAACCUAAAUGUACUGAA